AUGGUUGGGAGCUCAGGGAUGUUUAAGAAUGUCAACGCGGCCAAGAAAUGUGAAAGUUUUGUAUUGGAUUUGACUCAGCCUCAGUCCUUGGAUCCCCUCAUCAACUGCACAGUAAUAAAUGGCAACCUUAUUAUCAGUGGCUUGUCGAACACUCAAUGCGUCCAAAAUGGUCUCAGUCUCCCACGACUUUUCCAAAUUUUCGGCUCUCUCAUUGUAGAGCAUUCCAGUUGUAGUGGUGAUCUCUCCCACUUCCUCCCAAAUUUGAUCGCUAUCCAUGGGAUUCUACCGUUCUCGGCUCAGAUACCUAUCGAGGGCAAAGUUGCCAUACCCCCGUGCUCUCUUCUCAUCCACCACACAGCUCUCUCAGGCAUCGGUCUCCGCUGUCUUCGAGUGCUGGGAAGGCUUGGGGUACUGCUGAUUGACAAUCCUCAAAUGUGUUACACAGAUACUGUUGGUUGGCAUCUUCUCACCCCCUCGGCAUAUCCCUCUAAACCCAUCUCUAACGACAGUGUGGCAAGUCGAAACGGAGGUGGUGUUUUUGGGCAAGAUUUGCUGCGCAAAGAGGGCCUUUUUGACUUGUGCGCUAAUGCCUGUCCCUCUGGUUGCGAAUGGGUUACCGUGAACAAUUUGCCCCGAUCUUUUUGUUGGUCUCGCGAUCAUUGUCAACACGUGUGCGCCACUAAGUGUCGGGAUGCGUCUUUGAGCUGUUCGAUACACAACAUCAGUGAGUGUUGUCACCCAAAUUGUUUGGGCGGUUGUACAGGUCCCACAGCAGGAGACUGCCUCAUUUGUCGGGAUUUCCAUCACAAUGAUAUGUGUCUUUCUUCUUGUCCUGACGGCUUAUACGAGCUUUACGGUCGCUACUGCGUGACUAGGAAUGCGUGUUUAUCGAAGCCCAUUCCGAGGGACCUCUUCUCUUGGGUCUUUCAACGGUCAAGAUUCCACCCAAGCGGCUUUUCACUUCAAGGGAGAGAGUGUGUCCCUGUAUGUGACAGGAGUUUUCGUCGUUCACCCUCCGGGGAAUGUCGUCCUUGUGGUGUAGACUGUGAGGAAGUAAAAAGAGAUUGUGGCGAUAUUGUCAUUUAUCAGCAAGCUGACCUAGCUUCUGUGAAGGACUGUCUCAGUGCUCGAUCUGUGCUUAUCAGUAUCAGGACAGGUCAAGAUGAUUUGUCGACCUCCCUCGCUGAGGCCUUUUCUAGUCUCCGUGUCAUCUACCGCUCCCUGAGGGUCAUCCGCUCUGACGCUCUGCUCUCUCUUUCAUUCCUUCAUCACUUAAGGACUAUUCACGGUACUGAACCCAUCGUUAAGGAUGGAUUGGUGACUCCUGUUGAACCGUCUCAUUCUGGCAUCACCGCCCUAGAGAUCACAUGGAACGGGAAUUUGGAGGACCUGUGGUUUCUCCCUCCAGGCUCACCUAAGUUGGAGAUUCUCUCCGGCAGCGUCGAAUUUAGCGUCAACAAUCGCCUUUGUCCGGAUAAGAUCCAGAGUUUCCUUAGCGGCAGAGUUGCCUUCGUGACGGGGCGAGAACUCACCCCCUCUGAACUCGAUCUCAUCAACACCUCCAACGGCGAAUAUGCUCUGUGUAACGCAAAACCCCUGAAUGUGACUGUUGUUGAGGAAAUGCAGAAUAGUGUUACUCUGCGAAUGAAUCGCAUGGCAUGGAAUGAUCCUAGACAAAUCCUCCCCGCCAUAAUCUCCUACGGCAGGAGUGAAAACCGCGUUUGGGAUUCCGAUAUCUACGAUCAUACCUUCUGUGAUAGCGCAUGGAACGAGGCAGAGCUGAACUGCGGCCUCCCCCAGUUUCCCUCAUCACCAUCACAAUUCCGAAUCGGCGCGUCGUCAUCACGUGGUUCCGCUAGUAUCGGCGGCGGAGGCGGAGGAGGGGAGGAGGUUUUAACAUGUCUCCUAGAGAAUCUUGCUCCUGCAACCACCUACUCUGCUUUCAUCACCAUCGCUACGCUGAGUAAACACGAGGGUGCUCAAAGCCGGCGCUUCCACUUCACUACGAAGCCCGCAACUCCCUCUGCGCCGACAUUUUUGCGAGCCAUAUCCGCGGGUCCGACAAGCAUUCAGCUGCUGUGGAAUCCACCCAACCGUCCGAAUGGGAAGAUCGUCGAGUAUCGUAUCCGCUACCUGCAGAUGAAGCUGGAGAAAAAUGACUUCCUUUCUCGCGAUGCAUGCUACAACAUUGCAUUUCAGCAGCGCGCUUCCUCUACCACCAAUACCCUCUCCGAUGAGACGAGCGGGAAAGGUGGUGGUCAUUCGCUGGGUCCGGACGACUCCUCCUCGGUGAAUGCGGAGGUGGCCGAGGAGGAGGGGGAAGAGGCAUCGGAGGGCUGCGACGCCUUCUGUAAAGGGACUGGUUCCUCUGCUUCCACCUCAUCCUCUUCCACCAAAGGUCUCAAACGCUCUGAGCUGUUGUUGGAGGAACUGCAACGGCGUGAGAUGAUCCGUUUUGAGGAUGAGCUGCACAAAAUCAUCCUCAUCCCCCGAGUUUAUCUUGAGUUCGACAGCGACCUCGCAGCUGCUGGUGGAGAUGACAAUGAAGGUGAAGAUAAGGACUCCACAACCACACGCUCUCACCACACCACACUACCUGAUCCUGAUCGUCCGGUGUGCUUAUCUCGAUUUAGGAUGCAGCGCUUCUACGACUACGCCCAUAGAGACGACUACCUUUAUGGCUAUGGUUCUCAUAUUGUUCGAAAACGUCGUGACACGGGUGUAAUGAGUACCAUGUCGCCUCAAAAGACCAUACAUGUUCCCGUCUCUCCCGAGAGCAAUGGGGAUGUCGGUGGGCCGGCGAAAUUGAGUUUCCUGGUGACUGGAUUGGAGCAUUUCACCGAGUACCUGUUCCUCAUUUCCGCGUGUCACGAGCCUCAUGAUGAAUAUGGCAAUCCGAUGCCCUGUACGAGUGAAGACUGCGAUCUGGAGCAGGACGCGGGUUGCAGCCAGGCGGUGCGCAUAUCCCAGCGCACACAGGCGCUUCCACACGCGGACGAGGUGCCCUCAGCUAGUCUUUACGCCCUGACCCCCCUCCAAGCCACCACCACCACCAGCAAUAGCCAGCCACCCACCAACUACUCGAGCGACCCCCUUGGCAACCUCUCUCGUCCCGUCUUGCUUUUCUGGAAUGAGCCACAGAGUCCUAACGGACUCAUUCUCUACUACUGGCUGCAGUACCGCCGUGCUGAGGGAGCUUCUACCGUUCCAGAGGAGUCCUCCUCUCUCCCAUGGUUCGUAAUCUGUGUGACACCUAAAUAUCUGGAGGAUGACACAGCGAUCAAGGCUUUAGCAGGUCUGCGCUGCGCAGCGCCGGUGUCGAAGAGAGGAGCGGUGGUGAUCGCGGAGCGGGCGGCGAAAGCUGAAGGUGCGAACCCACAGUGCGACCCUGCCACCCGAACCGUCUUCACGGAGUUGGGAUUUUUGCGCGCUGGUUUUUACGAAUGGCAAGUCAUGGCUGUCUCUUUGGCAGGCAAUGGAUCGUGGACCAAGUCACACUUCUUUGACGUGCAGAUCAAUGAUGCCCUUCAGCCAUCUCAUAUAGUGGCAGUUUUGGUGGUCACUCUUCUAGCAGUCGGCUUUGUUAUUGCGUUAGCCGUCUGGUUCGACUACCGGAAUAAGAAACGGAGAAUGAACGCAUUGAAGAACCGCAAGUCGGAGUACCUGGAGUCGCUGUUGCUGGAGAACUUUCAGGACGAGUGGGAGGUGGACCCAAAAGACCUCAGCUACAACGUAGAGGACACACUGGGUCAGGGUAGUUUCGGCCUUGUUUGUCGCGGUCGUCUCGCUCGCCUCACCACACCUGCGGCCGAGUAUCUCCACCUCGCAACCACCUUCGCUAAUGGGGGCAGUGCUAGCCCUGGCGGAGGGGGAGGUAUCAGACCUUCCUUCACACACUCCGCCUUGAAGUCAAAAAAGUGGCUCACUUCCAUCCUACCGAAACGCCUCCGUCGUGGCUCUGUUGCCAAUGGUGAUGCUCAGGGCAUGGAUGUUGCUGUAAAAAUAUUAUCACCCGGAUCCACAUACGAGGAUGUUCGUGAGUUCCUUGGCGAGGCCUCCCACAUGAAACAGUUCAACUGCAACCACAUCGUUCGACUACUCGGAAUUGUUUCAAAACAGGUGCUGUUCCGUCGGCAGCCGAUAGUGGUGAUGGAGUUGAUGCAGCAUGGUGACCUGGCGACGUACCUCCGGCAUCGGAUGGCGCAGGAGGACUACUCGCAGGGCUCUGUGUCCCCCGAGUACGCCAUCAAGUGGGCCGCCGAGGUGGCCGAUGGCAUGGCCUACCUCGAGUACAAGGGCUUCGUGCAUCGCGAUCUCGCCGCUCGCAAUUGUCUAGUUGGUGUCGGUCUCACUGUCAAAAUUGGUGACUUUGGGCUUACACGAGAUGUGUCCGGCCACCUAUACUACCGCAAGGAAGGUCGAGCACGUCUUCCCGUACGAUGGAUGGCGCCGGAGGCUCUGAACGAGGCCUACUUUACUUUUAAAUCAGACGUCUGGUCUUACGGCGUGGUUUUGUGGGAGAUUGCCACCUUCGCCGCGUUGCCCUUCUCCGGCCUUUCACACGAAGAGGUGAUCGCCCUGGUGGUGAAUGGUGGACAUCUCGGAAAACAGGGCUGGCCGCCCAAAUUUCCGGACAUUCUGCUGGACGUGAUGCAAGCCUGCUGGCACAGUGACCCGGAGUGUCGGCCCUCCUUCGGCACCAUUAUUAGCAUGCUGGAGCCCUACGUGAGCUCAGUGUUCCGCACCAACUCCUUCUACUUCAACCAAAACCCCGAUACACGCCGACUGGAGGUUUCGCAGGUCGAUCUUGGAGGAGAGGAAGAAGCGGUGGUAAAGGGUCAGGAAAGACUCCUCAAGCCCUCUGUCAAUCCCACUGUAAAAGGAACUUUAGAGGAGGAGGAGGAUGGAGAUCAAGACAGCGUGGAACUCCCACUCUCACGACGCAAUUGCCUCGAUCGAAAUUCCAUUGCGCGGUACUCGUUUUAG